AAAAAAAUGAGAAGAAGAAGAGAGAUAAAGUAUAGUAUUCCUUCUAAAAUUAUGCCAUAAAACCUUACUUUGAUUUUCAGAGAGAAUCCAAAGGUUUCAAAAAAAAAAAAAAACCCACCCCUCAUAGCUUUCUUCUUCCUCCAUUUUUUUCCUUUUUUUUUUUUUUAUAAAAAAAAAAAACAAGUAACUGCCCCUUAUACUAAGUACAAACAGAAAAACAGAAAGAACAAAAGAAAGAAAAAGACUAUAGAGAUAGAUAGGCAAAACCAAGAAAAUUAAAGUGGUAGAGUUUUUUUUUUGUUAUAUAUAGAGAGGGAAAGGAGUGUUCAUUUCAUUCAGUUCAGUUUCAAUUACAAUCAAAGUUUUGUUAGGACUGAGCACAGGAGGGUUGCGGAACUGGUGUUUGUUCUAGGGUUCAAUCUGGAAGACAUGUUGGAGGAUCGUACGUGUAUGGUUCAAAGGGAUUGUCGAACAGAAAAUAACUGGACGACGGGCUGCAUGAGUUAUCACAUUGAUAGGAUUGAUGCCCAGAAUGGCAAAAGGCCAUUGGAAAAUGACGAGGAAGGUGUAAAUGUGCAAUGCAAGUUGCAGAAGCAGUCUGAUGGCUCUGAGCUAGAUGGAGGGGUUUUCUCCGUGGGCAGUUCUUCAGCAUCCGCUGAUGAGCAAGCUGACAAUCAGGCUCGUGCUGUAGAGAAUUUCAAUUCAGCAUCCGCUGAUGAGCAAGCUGACAAUCAGGCUCUUGCUGUAGAGAAUUUUGAUUCAGCAUCCGCUGAUGAGCAAGCUGACAAUCAGGCUCGUGCUGUAGAGAAUAUUGAUUCAGCAUCCGCUGAUAUGCAAGCUGACAAUCAGGCUCGUGCUGUAGAAAAAAUUGAUUCAGCAUCCGCUGAUGAUCAAGCUGACAAUCUGGCUCGUGCUGUAGAGAAUUUUGAUUCAGCAUCCGCUGAUGAGCAAGCUGACAAUGAGGCUCGUGCUGGGGAGUAUUUUGAUUCAGCAUCCGCUGAUGAGCAAGCUGACAAUGAGGCUCGUGCUGGGGAGUAUUUUAAUUCAGCAUCCGAUGAUGAGCAAGCUGACAAUCAGGUUCUUACUUGGGAGGAUUUUGAAUCCGCAUCCGAUGAUGAGCAAGCUGACAAUCAGGCUCGUGCUGAAGAGAAUUUUGAUUCAGCAUCCGAUGAUGAGCAAGCUGACAAUGAGGCUCGUGCUGGGGAGUAUUUUGAAUCCGAUGAUGAGCAAGCUGACAAUCAGGCUCUUGCUUGGGAGGAUUUUGAUUCCGCAUCCGAUGAUGAGCAAGCUGACAAUCAGGCUCUUGCUUGGGAGGAUUUUGUUUCAGCAUCCGAUGAUGAGCAAGCUGACAACGAGGCUCGUGCUGGGAAGAACUUUGGUUCAGCAUCCGCUGAUGAGCAAGCUGAUAAUAAGGGUCAUGCUGAGGAUGAUUCUGCUGCAGCACCCCCUGAUGAGCAAGCUGGCAAUCAGCAUCAGACUGGGGAUGAUGCUGGGGAUAAUGCUGAUAUCAGUUCGCUUAUUCCUGCCAUUGGCCGGGAUAACUCUGUAAGUUCUCUCGCUUGGUGCUCAAGGUCAGAUUAUAGCACCUUAGCAUCUUUGAAUAGUGCAUUUCGCUCAUUAGUUAGGAGCGAUGAGCUGUAUAGGUUGCGACGAAAAAUUGGUGUGGUGGAGCACUGGGUGUAUUUCUCGUGCCAGCUGCUCGAAUGGGAUGCAUUCGACCCUACUAGGCGCCGUUGGAUGAAACUGCCGACGAUGAAUCCCAAUGAGUGCUUCGUGUUCUCCGACAAGGAAUCUUUGGCAGUUGGUACAGAGCUUCUUGUUUUUGGAAAGGAGGUGUUGUCACAUGUUAUUUAUCGGUACAGCUUACUGACAAAUACAUGGACAACCGGGAUGCAGAUGAAUGCGCCUCGAUGCCUGUUCGGUUCUGCCAGCCUUGGAGCGAUUGCCAUUCUUGCUGGCGGCUGUGAUUCACGAGGGAUAAUCCUUAGCUCGGCUGAGAUCUACAACUCGGAGGACGGCUCGUGGAGGGUAUUGCCUAGCAUGAACCGCCCACGGAAGAUGUGCUCUGGCGUUUUCAUUGACGGUAAAUUUUACGUGAUAGGGGGUAUUGGUGGAGCUGACGGGACGCUGAUGACAUGUGCUGAGGAGUAUGACCUGACCACAGGAAAAUGGACGGAAAUCCCAAACAUGUCCCCUGUGCGACCUAACGCUGGUAGGACUGAUAUCCCUGCUUCAUCCGAAGCACCUCCACUGGUGGGAGUUGUUAAUAACGAACUCUAUUCUGCCGAUUAUGCUGCCAUGGUGGUUAGGAAGUUCGACAAGUCAAGCAAGACAUGGGUUACCAUGGGAGGGUUGCCUGAAGGAGCUGCUUCCAUGAAUGGAUGGGGUUUAGCAUUUCGUGCCUGUGGCGAUAGAUUGAUUGUAGUUGGAGGUCCUAGGGCUAUGGGCGAUGGGUAUAUUGAGGUGAAUUCGUGGGUGCCGAGUGAAGGGCCUCCAGUAUGGACCUUGCUUGGCAGUAAGAGUUCUGGUACUUUUGUGUAUAAUUGCGCAGUUAUGGGAUGCUGAAGAUUUGGCAGCACCAUGUGUUGUGCUGUAGCGGGUGUUUGGGUUCCGAUCAUUACAUAAUUGGUUUCCGGGGGCAACAGGAUUCUUGCUAAUGGGUAAUUUAUCAAAAACUUUUUUAUCUUAUCAGAAAAAAACUUUUCUUUUCAGAAUGGGGAAGCACAAGCUGGACUCAAGAUUCAACUACAUACAAGGUCUUGAGUACAAUUUUCUUUUCCAUUUCAACUUCAAUCAAGUCAAUCGUCUUCUCCAGUAACAUGAUAUUCCAAAGGUGGUCAUCAAAUAGUUUUAAGGUUAGGUGAAAUAACGAGCAAUACAGUUAUAGUUUUUCCAUUAGUGUCUGCUAAAAGCUACUAUAUAGAUAAGUAAGUAAGUAGUACAACUUGGGUCUUUUUUGGGUUUUGCGAUCUUUAUUUUCUUGACUUAGUCGAGGAGAGAAAUAAAGUUCUGCAAGGUUGUUCUUCGGCAUAUAGGCUUGUGUAUUAGUACUUUUAUAUUUUCCUGCAGUUGGUCGUCUAUAAACCUAGUUUACUUGUAAGACAGUUGGUAGCGCUAUGGAAAUGAAAAUACUUUUGUUCCAA